AUGCGUUCGGAGGAGCCAGAUCCUCUUCGCCACCAUUUCAACCCGAGCCCCUACCACCACUCCGUCAGCACCGUGAGCGGCUACGGAUCCACGCCGUGCACAUCGACUCUAUCCCCCGCCUCCCUCAGCGUGCCGAUCCCGGUGCCGGUAUACCUGAGAGGGAAGUCUCCGAGCGGGUCACCUCACGACGCCGCACGCUCGGCCAAGAAAUGCCGGAGGAGUCGCACCGUGUUCACGGAGCUGCAGCUCAUGGGGCUUGAGAAGCGAUUUGAACGGCAGAAGUACUUGUCCACGCCGGACCGAUUGGAGUUAGCGGACACGUUGGGAUUGAGUCAGUUGCAAGUGAAGACGUGGUAUCAGAAUCGAAGAAUGAAAUGGAAAAAACAGGUUCUACAAGGCGGUAGUCAGGAGGCGCCCACCAAGCCCAAAGGCCGACCAAAGAAGUGCGAAUUUCACGACUCCGUGACGUCACCGUCUCCACUGACGUCACCGUCAGCGAUGACGUCACCUCCUGCGUCACCAGCGUCAUCGUGUUACAGCGAUUUGUCCUCGGACCACCACAGUGAGCAGCAGCAAUGCAACGCGGACACAUGA